AUAAGAAUAGUCCAAUGUAAUCUUGGGCGAUCCAGGACAGCUGACGCGCUUCUCAGUCAGCUUGCCCUCGAACACGGUGUUGACAAGCUCUUGGUCAGCGAGCAGUACUAGUACCGGAAUAGGGUCCCACCCUUUUGGUUCCCCGAUAGUCUUGGUACUGCUGCUUUCUGGGUGCGUAAUACAGCUCAAGUGCAAGUGCGGGGUCAUGGAAAGGGCCACGGAUUUGUUUGGGUUCGGUGCAAGGACGUCACCUACUACAGUGUCUACCUCACUCCCAACGAGGCUAUCCAUGACUUCCGCGAGAAGAUAGACCGCCUGGAAGAGAGCGUGCGCAAUACCACAGGACACGUUGUCAUGGGUAGGGAUUUUAAUGCUAGGGCUGUCGAGUGGGGAAUGACCCUCACAAAUUCCCGGGGGAAGUACAUCCUGGACUUUGCUGCCAGGGCCGGACUCGUUGUAAUCAACGAGGGCAACACGCCAACGUUCUGGCGACCCGGGAUGAGGGGAACGAUCCCAGACAUAACCCUCGCAUCUGAGUCUCUUCUGCCAAGGAUCACAGCCUGGAGAGUCUUGGAGGAUUAUACGGCCAUCGACCAUCAAUACAUUAUUUUCGAUGUCUUAGAUCGCCUCCCGAGACAAGUUGCUGCAUCUCGGGAAGUGCCGGUUCGGUGGAACACCAAAAAACUGGACGUGGCUAAAUUCACCGAGGCCAUCCUGCGGGGAGUGCCAGCGGUGCCUGCCGCACCUGGCAUGGCUCAUGCAGAGGAACUGCGUAAUUUGAUAAUAAGUGAUGGGAGAUGUUCUCUGUUAUUUUAUUAAUUAACGAAAUUGUAUUUGUGUAAUAUGAGGAAUGUAAUGAAACCGUACUGAAAUUAAGUUAAGUGUGUAAUAGCGAGGCGGAACGAGCUACGUAGCGCAUACCGGUACUCGUAGCUAAAUAAAAAAUAUAAAAAAAAAUAAUACAGAAAUAUAAUAAUAACACUAAAUAUUCCCUGUAAAAAGCGAUGACGUGGCGCGCGCCUACUCCGAUUUUCCCCACAAUUUGAUUUCGGUCUGAUAAGGCUCGCACUGGCUCCACAGUUGAGCCGACGAUACUACGGAACAACGUGCUGCAGGAGAU